ACUCGGGUCAGCUGAAACCUGACCAGCAAACAACCUUUGGCAAUCGGCGCCUUUGGCAAUCGGCGUGGGCAGACCGCCAUAGCCACAAGAAAAUGGCGCCGUUCGGCCGUAGGAGAACCUGGGCUAUACUUUUCACUGGUGUGGUCCUCUUCUGUUUAUAUUCUUUCCCUAGACUCGAUGCCGAUGGCGCCAGCGCGCCGAUGUGGCGUGCCGCAGACCGCCCGGCGCGCGACCGCGGGUCGGACCAGGAGGCCCAGCACACGCGAUGGAGCCAGCUGCAACCCCGCUACCCCGUCAAGGACAUGAGAGCGCUCCCGACGGGGCAGCCCUUGGCCCUGCCCAAGGUCCAGAAGGACUUUGGUCCUGAGAGCGCCUCCGACCGCGAGGUGCGGCUCAAGAGGCGAGAAGCCGUCAAGGCAUCUUUCCAGCGCUGCUGGAGCUCGUACCGCAAGUACGCCUGGAUGAGCGACGAGCUCAGGCCGGUGUCCGGGCGCAGAAACGACCCCUUCGGCGGCUGGGGCGCCACGCUGGUCGACAGCCUGGACACGCUGUGGAUCAUGGGCCUGAAGGAAGAAUUCGACGAGGCCGUCGCCGCCGCUUCGAAAAUCAACUUCGAGAAGGUGUCCUCCCAGGAGAUUAACGUCUUUGAGACCAACAUCCGCUACCUGGGCGGCUUCCUCGCCGCCUAUGACCUCAGCGGCGACAAGCGUCUCCUGGCCAAGGCCCGCGAGGUUGGCGAGAUGCUCUACGUCGCCUUCGACACCCCCAACCGGAUGCCCGUCACGCGAUGGAAUGCCUGGGCCGCUGGCUGGCGCAAGCCCCAGGUCGCCCAUGAGCACACCCUCCUGGCUGAGAUUGGGACCUUCUCGCUCGAGUUCAUCCGCUUGUCCAUGUUGACGGGCGAUCCGAAGUGGUACGACGCCGCGCAGCGUAUCAUCGAGCUGCUCCAGAAGCAGCAGCAGACCACGCGCCUGCCCGGCAUGUGGCCCAUCAUCGUCGACGCCCAGAAGGAGAUCUUCGGCGACCACAUCGACUACACGCUCGGCGCCAUGGCCGACUCCCUGUACGAGUACCUGCCCAAGACGUACGCGCUCGUCGGCGGCCUGCUUCCCAUGUACCGCGAGAUGUACGAGGCGUCCAUGGACACCGCCAUCCGCUACAACCUCUUCCGGCCCAUGCUGCCGGACGAAAAGGACGUGCUCGUCGCGGGCGUGACCAUGUCGCGCCCGGAGAACGGCCAGAACGUGCAGCAGCUCCGGCCCGACGCCCAGCACCUGGUGUGCUUCGCAGGCGGCAUGCUCGCCCUAGGCGGACGGCUCAUCCAGAACGACACGCACGUCGAGAAGGGCGAGAAGCUGACCGACGGCUGCAUCUGGACCUACCAGGGCAUGCCGCUCGGCAUCAUGCCGGAGUCGUUCCGCAUGCUGCCGUGCGAGUCGGCCGACCACUGCCCGUGGGACGAGGACAAGUGGCGGCGGGCCGUGCUGGCCAAGGCCGGACGGGACGAGAAACUGGACGCGGAGCGGGCCGAGAAAUUCGUGAAGGAAAAGCGGAUCCCCAAGGGCUUCGUCUCCGUCGGCGACCCGCGCUACGUGCUGCGGCCCGAGGCCAUCGAGAGCGUCUUCAUCCUGUACCGCAUCACCGGCCGCAAGGAUCUGCCGGAGGCGGCCUGGAAGAUGUGGGAGGCGAUCGAGGAGAACACCAAGACGCCACUGGCCAACUCGGCGCUGGUCGACAUCUCCGUCACGGACGAGAAGCCGGAGAUGAGCGACUCCAUGGAGAGCUUCUGGCUGGGCGAGACCCUCAAAUAUUUCUACUUGAUGUUCAGCGAACCGGAUCUGAUCAGCCUGGAUGAGUACGUCUUCAACACGGAGGCGCAUCCGCUGAAGAGGCUGCUUCCUUGACCGAUAAUUCGUUGCGAGUCGGAUACUUUGGUUAUUAGUCGCAUGGUCUCGGCCGGCCGUGGCCAUGGGGGAAGUCACUUUCGCACAUACAGUCGAAGAUUAGGGACAUACCUUGAGGUAUUUUUGGAUAGAGAGUUGGAUGUAGAGUUGGGUUCUGUUUUCAAUUGUUUUCAACGAUUGUGUUCUUUUCUAUCACGACAGUCUGCAGUGUUGCCA